AUGGCUGGAAUCGACAUUAUGCGCGAAGAGGAAAAAGUUGUCUUGGAUCCUGCCACUUUAAAUCCUUUGUCACCCGAAGUGAUUUCUAGACAAGCAACUAUAAAUAUUGGAACAAUUGGUCAUGUAGCUCAUGGUAAAUCUACUGUGGUCAAAGCCAUUUCCGGUGUACAGACCGUUCGAUUCAAAAAUGAGCUUGAACGUAACAUUACUAUUAAACUGGGCUAUGCAAAUGCAAAAAUAUAUAAAUGUGAUAAUGAAGAUUGUCCAAGGCCAGGAUGUUAUCGAUCAUAUCGUAGCGACAAAGAGGAGCAUCCACCAUGUGAACGACCCGGACAUGUUUCCUUUGUCGAUUGUCCCGGCCACGACAUUCUCAUGGCUACAAUGUUGAACGGUGCAGCGGUGAUGGACGCCGCACUUUUACUAAUUGCCGGCAACGAGUCGUGUCCACAACCGCAGACUAGUGAACACUUGGCCGCGAUCGAAAUUAUGAAGCUCAAACAUAUUAUAAUUCUUCAGAAUAAAGUAGACUUAGUCAAAGAAGCUGCGUGCGAGGAGCAUUAUCAGAGCAUUUUGUCGUUUGUGAAAGGCACAGUAGCAGAUGGUGCCCCAAUUGUUCCCAUCUCCGCACAAUUAAAAUACAAUAUUGAUGCCAUCAAUGAAUACAUCGUCAAGAAAAUCCCGAUACCCAUUCGCGAUUUCACGUCUGAUCCGCGUCUUAUUGUGAUUAGAUCUUUUGAUGUCAAUAAACCGGGUGCGGAGGUUGACGAACUGAAAGGAGGCGUGGCUGGUGGGUCUAUUUUGAGAGGAGUGCUUAAGAUUGGUGAUGAAAUUGAAGUACGUCCUGGAAUUUUGACCAAAGAUAACGAAGGACAAAUUCAUUGUCGGCCUAUUUUCUCACGGAUUGUUUCAUUGUUUGCUGAACAUAAUGAUUUGAAAUUUGCAGUUCCUGGUGGAUUAAUUGGUGUCGGCACAAGAAUUGAUCCUACACUUUGUCGUGCUGAUCGAUUAGUUGGCCAAGUACUCGGCGCUGUUGGAAAACUCCCGAAAAUCUACACUGAAUUAGAAAUCAAUUACUUUUUAUUACGAAGAUUGCUUGGUGUAUCAAAACUUGCAAGGAAUGAAGUGCUCAUGGUAAACAUCGGAUCCACAUCAACAGGGGGUCGCGUAAUGUCCGUAAAAGCCGAUUUAGCUAAAAUUGCAUUGACUAGUCCAGCAUGUACGGAAAUUGAUGAAAAAAUUGCAUUAUCACGGCGAAUUGAUAAGCAUUGGCGGUUGAUCGGGUGGGGAAAAAUAAAAAGGGGUAUUGACAUUCAGCCGGAUCUGCCAACACAACAGUGUUAG